GGGGGACAGGAUGUUCUUCCGGGGCGUGGCUGUUUGGGGGGUUUCGCUUCCGGAAGGGUGCCCGGGCUCGUCCCACCCCCCCCUGGAGGGUUGCUCCACCGGCAACUGGAGCCGACAUGGACAAAAGUGGAAACAUUCAGUUGGAAAUUCCUGACUUCAGCAAUUCUGUUCUGAGCCACCUAAACCAGCUGCGUAUGCAGGGCAGGCUGUGUGACAUUGUAGUCAAUGUCCAGGGCCAAGCCUUCAGGGCACACAAAGUUGUACUCGCUGCUAGCUCACCUUACUUUCGGGACCACAUGUCUCUCAAUGAGAUGAGCACGGUCUCCAUAUCUGUCAUCAAAAACCCCACUGUAUUUGAGCACCUUCUCUCUUUUUGCUACACUGGGCGAAUAUGCCUCCAGCUAGCAGAUAUUAUAAGCUACUUGACUGCAGCCAGUUUCCUGCAGAUGCAACAUAUUAUAGAUAAGUGUACGCAGAUCUUGGAGAGCAUUCAUUUUAAAAUUAAUGUGUCUGAGGUUGAAGCAGAAUUGAGCCAAACAAGGGGAAAGCAUCAAGAAAGACCUCCGGAUUCCCAUCGUACUUCUCCAUCUUUGAAUCACUCUCUUAGUCCACACCAUAGCACUCCAAAAGGAAGCCGUAUGGGACAAGUCAGCACGGUGUUGGACAUUCGGGAACUUAGUCCUCCUGGGGAGUCUACAAGCCCCCAAAUAAUUGAACAGAGCUCAGAUGCAGAGAGCAGGGAACCAAUACUGAGGAUUAACAGGGCAGGACAGUGGUAUGUGGAGACAGGAGUAGCAGACCAUGGUGGGCAGGGUGAUGAUGACGUCAAGGUCCUUGGAGCAGUACGAAUCAAAACCGAGAACCUGGAGGAGUGGCUUGGGACAGAGAACCAGCCUUCUGGAGAAGAUGGAAGCAGUGCAGAGGAGGUUACUGCCAUGGUGAUUGAUACAACGGGACAUGGAUCUAUGGGGCAAGAAAGUUAUACCUUAGGCUCAUCAGGAGCAAAAGUGGCCAGACCCACCAGCACUGAGAUUGACAGAUUUAGUCCUUCUGGUAGUGUGGUCACUGUAAAUGAGCGAUACAGGUCAAAAAGUGAAUCUCCGUGGCGGGUUGAUGAACCUAAGCAACACAGUUCUCAGGUGGAAGACUCUGCAAUCGUCGGAGUGAGUGGUUAUGUUGAAUAUCUGCGUGAACAGGAAGUAUCUGAGCGGUGGUUUCGUUACAACCCUCGACUCACCUGCAUUUAUUGUGCUAAAUCCUUCAACCAGAAGGGCAGCUUGGACCGGCACAUGCGUCUCCACAUGGGCAUCACACCUUUUGUUUGCCGUAUGUGUGGGAAAAAGUACACCCGAAAGGAUCAGCUGGAAUACCAUAUCCGCAAACACACAGGAAACAAGCCCUUUCACUGCCACGUCUGUGGGAAGAGCUUCCCAUUCCAGGCCAUCCUCAACCAGCACUUUCGUAAGAACCACCCUGGGUGCAUGCCCCUGGAGGGGCCACACAGCAUCUCCCCAGAGACCACGGUCACGUCAAGAGGGCAAACCGGGGAGGAAUCCCCUCUUCGGGAAGAAGCCGGCAUGGCUGGGGAGACGGCUCAGGGGUCUGUGUCCACCACUGGACCAGACUGAGGUGGAAGGGUGAGGGGAAUCCUCUCGAUCGAUACAGCAAACCCCACUGAGGUGGCACGCUUAUCUUGUCAUCUGGGCAGUGUUACGGCUGGACAACGAUGCUCCUGAAAUGUUGCCAAAAUAGAACAAAAAGUAGGAUAACAAAGUGCUAAAAGUUCUCCUCUUUACCUCAUCUCCUUGUGGUGGGGAGAACAAAACUGAGUCAACUAACCUCUGAUUCAGGGAUUGACAGCUUUGGGAAGGUUUUUUAAUUAACCACAUUGAGCAAUGAGAAAGGAGAGACAGCUUUUCUAAAUUUCUUGGUAACAGACCUUACAUAUCGUCUGUGGGCUGUAGGCUCUAGUUGUUAUGAGUGCAGAAUGUCUGCAUUCAUGACAGGCUUUAAGAGUCAGGGGAUUAAGAACUGCUUUUUAUGCCCACCCACAACCUGUCUCCAAGGUAAUUUUUUAAAAGAACAAUGGCUUUCUUAGUAAAUCCUAGCUUGUUUUAUUUUAUCUUGUUUUAUUUUGAUGUGUGUUGGUUUUUUUUUUAACGACCCAUUGCUUAAGGGCUGUUAGACCAGUGGAGAAAUUUACCCAUUCAAGGUAUGUGGCCUUGCUUGUUUAUUUCCACAUGUUACGAGGCUAGCAACCUUUUGAGCAGUAUUUCAGAUAUGACAAUAUUUAAGUAAUUAAGCUACUGAAAAAGGACAGUGUUUGGCUUGGCCAAGUUCAGAAGAUAUUUUCAAUUGAAAAAAUGUGGAUCGCGCAAAACACAAUUAUUUGUCUUUGUGCACUGCAAAAACUGAAAGAAAAUAGGGUAACAUUUGCAGUUGCGAUGAAUUGUUAAGACCACAAAGCUCAUCCUUUUCCUAGCUUGCACUUGAUCUAAUAAUACAGCAAUAUUUGUAUAUCAAAAGAGUCAAAUCCAGUGGGGAAAAAAAUCAUAGUUUGUUUGCCUGUUUUCCCUUUUUUAAUUUUUUUAUAUGAAAAAGUGCAAAAAAAAAAUCUCCUAAUUAGUAAUAAUGCGGGAGGGUGAAUAUUCCAGUUUCUUACAAGCAAUGCUAAGUCCCAGCACCUUUAUACUAUUUCACCUAUGAGGUUAUUAAGGAGAUAACGCAGUUGCCAAAUGUAGUAAAUAUAUGACUAUCUCACGCCCCCACUUUAUAUGUUCUUUAUACUUGAAAGGGUGCAAAAUCUCUUGAACGUGUGUCAGAGACUAGCAAAAUAUCAGCAGUUUUUCUUUACGCUGUACAAGAAAUGGUACUAAUUGAAGAGAUCUGAUCUCUUCAACUAGCACCUUGCACUGCUGAUAAGGAUUCCGGAAAUUUGCAAACUGAUUUACAGGAAACUGGUGAAAAAAGCAAAGGGGAAUUAGAAGUUUCAAAUGGGCAAAAGCUUAGUUAACCUUAUGGGAAGAAAAAGAUAGCUUUGUGACAAAUUUGCUUGUUCUUUGGUGGUAACAUUGGGCCAAUCUAGCCACCUUAGACAACAAGUUUUCCUGCUUGUAAAAAAGGAGUAUAGUUUCUUAAUUCAUGUUUGGCUGGAAGAAUGAACAAAAGCAGAUAAUUAUGUGAUACCCUCAGCAUCCAUUUUUUUCCUGUUUACACUAAGAAAUUAGUCACACUCUGCACCUCGUGGUGGAGUGCAGUAAAUAGUGGUUUCUUUUAUGCUCACAGCAAAGAGAGCCACCCAAAAGGUCAAUGCACAAACUUAAAAGAGCCGGGCAAAAACCUCCCAGGCAUUUGCCCAAAGACACUUUCCUUGGAGUUGAAGUGCAGGAGGAGAAUAGAAAUGAACGUAUAUGCUGCUUUAGUCUUAGCAUUCAGAUUUACCAAAAAGAGGCAAUCUACACUAAAGAGCAUUAGAAAAUAUUUCUAGUUACUUAUAAUAAAGAUUUAAGCAUUUAAAAGAUAGAACUUUAAAAUAUUACCAAACUCUAAGGCGUACAUUUAUUUAUUUAUUUACACAUAUGUUAUAUAUAGUUAUAAUGAGAAGGUUUCUCUGCUCAGUUGGUGAUGGUGUGUAAUGACCAUACGAAAGAGUUUCCUCCAAAGCGGAUUGCAGCAAAAUCCAUCCAAGAUGAAGUAGCAAGGAGCUUUUUAACAAGGAGUACUGAAUGUGGUGGUGUUCAUGGAUCUGUGAGUUUUAUUAAGCAAGUUCUUACUGUACUGAUACUGUGAACUGAGAGCUGCAAAAUAA